UCUAUGAUUAUACAGCAAAUUUCAUUGUGAAGAUUUGUGAAUUGCAUUGCUCGGUUUACUUUUUGUAAAAUAGGAUUAGCAAAUUAUCUCUCAAAAUGGUCUUAGAAAGUACUAUGAUAUGUGUAGACAACAGCGAUUUUAUGAGAAAUGGAGAUUUUCUACCUACAAGACUACAAGCACAACAAGAUGCCGUAAACUUGGUGUGUCACUCCAAAACACGAUCGAAUCCUGAGAACAAUGUCGGUUUGCUGACUCUUGCUAACGUGGAAGUGUUAGCCACUUUGACUAGCGACGUUGGACGCAUAUUGUCGAAGCUACACCGCGUACAACCAAACGGUAACAUCAAUUUGUUAACUGGCAUAAGAAUUGCUCAUCUGGCGCUGAAGCAUCGUCAGGGAAAGAAUCAUAAAAUGCGUAUCGUAGUAUUCGUAGGAUCCCCUGUGAACACAGACGAAAAGGAGCUCGUGAAACUCGCCAAGAGGCUCAAGAAGGAGAAAGUCAACUGUGAUGUUGUUUCAUUCGGAGAAGAUACUGAGAACAAUCCUUUGUUGACCACAUUUGUUAACACUCUCAAUGGCAAAGACAACACUUCUGGAGGUAGCCACUUAGUUUCUGUACCUGCAGGAGGCUGUGUGGUGCUUUCUGAGGCAUUAAUUUCAAGUCCUCUUAUUGGUGGAGAUGGUGCGGGUCCAUCCGGAUCUGGAAUGUCACCAUUUGAAUUUGGAGUGGACCCCAAUGAAGAUCCAGAGUUGGCUCUCGCACUUCGUGUGUCUAUGGAGGAGCAGAGACAACGUCAAGAAGAAGAGACACGUCGUCAACAAGCUAAUACUGAGAGUGACACUGGUAAAGCAGGAGAGACACAGAACAGUGGAAUGGAGCGGGCUCUAGCGAUGUCUCUCGGCCGUGAAGCCAUGGAACUAUCUGAAGAGGAGCAAAUUGCUUUGGCCAUGCAGAUGAGCAUGCAGCAGGAAGCUCCUCAAAAUGUUGAAGCUAUGGAUGUCUCUGAUGGAACUGAAGAAUAUUCUGAAGUUAUUAAUGAUCCUGCUUUUCUGCAAAGUGUUUUAGAGAACCUCCCAGGUGUGGACCCCCAAAGUGAAGCCAUCAGAAAUGCCAUGUCCACCAUCAAGAAAGACAAAGAUGAAAAAGACGACAAAGACCAAAAGGACAAGGAUGGAAAGGGAUCGGGUUCAAGUUCAAAGGAAAAUUGAAGAUGUUAUUCAAUUUUUUUUUAAUACAUUAUGCUCGUAAACGUUUACAUAAUACACAACAGUGUUACUGUCACUUAUCAAUUUAAUACAGAAGAUUUAUUUGAAAAACAUUCAUUUCCAUGAUAUCCAAUUCAGCCCCUCAAUUUUGUCAUAUUCUGCAAAGAAACAUACUGUUAUGAGUAGGUACUAAUGCUAAAUAUAAAAUAAAAAUGAAAAA